AGCGCGGAACCUUCGAAAUCCGUCCGAUUUUUACCGGGGUUUUCACCGGAAAUCGGAUGGAAAAAUGAAUCAUCUCAACGAAAACACCCAAUACACUAAUAAAAGUGAUAUUGUGUCGGCCGAAAUACUCGUUUUAGACUUGAUCCUCAAAGGAUCAACUAGUUAUAAAUACGUCGUGUGCCAUCAAAAAAACCUUUUCGAAUCAACGAUUCCAUUGGUUUCACUGAAAGAAUUCGGACGGAAUGGACUUCAAUUCGGCACUGUUCUCAACGGAAGUUUCAGUUUUGACUCAUCUAAAAAACAAAUUCAUGUAAAAUCAGUAAAGUGCAUAUACAUGCUCCCAAAAGCUACACCUGGCAACAAAUGGGCUCAGUUGAAACUUGAAUUUGAUGAAAAGUUGAAGAGAAAUGUACUGGCAUGCUCAGCUCUCACUACUGGUUGUUUAACAUAUCUGGAUAAAGAUUACACCUCUCCGUCAAUUUUCAAUGAUAUGUUGGGACUUAUUGCCGACUGUGAACUACAACCAAAACUUCCAAAACGAGAAAUUGGUCGCCUUUUAUGCACUGUCAUAGCAGUUCAAUGCCCUACCGAGAAGAUCUGGAAAUUUCGAAUUGAGACUGUCAAGAAAUUCGAUAAAAUUGUUUCCUUGGCGAUGUCUGCAAAUGUUUCCGUUGAUGAACAUUUUGGUCUCGUGACAAGAGAGGAAUGUGAGGAGAAACGUGAUUUGAGGCUUGUGUCGAGUCGAGACUUUCCAAGAGAUGUUCGAAUUUUCAGAAGUGGGUCACACUGUUGUGAAAGCAUUGAAUCAGGGCACCGCCGUCCACAUCAUCAUCAGUCGAAAUGUAUGAAUACAUGUGUUGGAGAAGUAAGGCUUAUCGGAAAGUGUAUGGCAUUCCGUAUGAAGCGGUGUCACGGAAUGAAUGCAACUCAACCAGUUCCAUUAGAUUCUCUCUUGUCGCCCGUCAUACCUUCAGCAUCAUCUACAACAAUCAAAUCUGCGAAUUAUUCACCAUUUAUUCCAACAACUACAACAGGUGGUCACGUUGACUAUGGAUCGAUGCGUAACAACGUUUCUCAACUACAAGUGAAUGUUCAGAGUGGAUUCGUAGAAGUUGUGACAAUUGCCGAAUAUUCUGGAUACACGGAUCACGAUGGCCGUCCUCUUCUUUGGAGUCAUGAUGUGGAGUUUGUUGUGGAUAUCAGUGGAAUGUUUCACGAUCAGAACUUGAGUCUCGGAUUGUAUGAGAUUAAAGUUGUCAGAUUUCAUCGAUCGAAUGUUUUUGCUAAAUGGAGAUUGGCUAGAAAGAAUCCGAUUUUGAAAGCAAUGCGGACUCGAUUUCAUUCACAAAGUGCACACUCUAUCAACUUGGCUACAAUGGGUGUUAGUGAUAUAUCGCUGAACGAAGACGGAAUAUGUGAGCAAGAGCAACGACCAAGAAGACGAUUACUCUCAUUCUCUAGAUUUGGAAGCUCGGCGCAGAGCUGCUGCCUUCCACGUACCGACUCACUCGACAAGGUUGGCCUCUACGAUGCUCUCGUCAGAAAUGAAAAGACAAGCAUUUCGAGUACGACCAGCUCAGCAACUGUCAAAACUUUUCCAAAAGCCAAUACUCCAUUGGGAACUAAACGACUUAAUUAUUCACGAUCAGUUUCGAUGUCUAAUAAGCCAAUCGAAUUGGAUGAUGAUCUAAUGUGGAGACAUCAUGACACAUCAGUUCUCAAAAUCGUCGAAGAUGAAGAUGAAUCCGUUCUUCCUAAACUAAGCCUCAGCGUAGACUACGAUGAGAAUUCGAAUGUCUUCUGAAUAACCGAAACUCGAUUUUCCUCAAUUUGCCCAACCAAAAAUAAUUGUUUUACCCAAAUAUUCCAUCACUGUUCAAAAUCAAUUGAUAAGUUUUUAAUGCUCAUAGAUAAUUUCCAUAGUGCUUCGGUUCCCUAAUAUUUUAAUCAGUAUCCCCGUUUUCUACAAAUCCCGAUUAUCUUUCUGUACAUAUCACUCAAUUCAGUAGUUCAAAUCGCUUUUAGAAAAAAACCUUCAAAGGAAAUCUGAAGUAGUUCUUGUAUUGGAAAUUUUUGAAAAACAAUUCACAUAGAUUUUCUGUUCAUUUCUAAACAUUUCAACUUUGACCAUUUCAGAUCUUUUCAUGUCGUAAGCGAUUAUUAACUUUUUUAUAAUCCAGAAAAUAGAAUCCCAUCCCUUUUUAUAUGCAUUAGAUUCAAUUCGCCUUUAUUUAAUUUCAAUUCACUGUACUAUUUUCUCGAAUUCUGUUUUGUUCUUUCCCGAAUAGAACCAAUUCAACACUCGCUUUUCCUCUUGCAUUUCGGUGCCGUUUUUUCCCAAUCUCCUUUCAAAUUAUUGAAAUAUAUGUCCGUUUCCUUGACCGCUUCCAAAUUCCGACUAAUUUUUGCUUGUCGUGACGAUUGUUCGGUUUCCUCAUAAAGUGGAGUCGUUCGGG